AUGGCGAUGUGGGGCGUCAAGACCGUCACGGACCCGGAGAACAACUCGAGCGAGCUGCUCUCGGGCGACGACACGAAGGUCGUGGUGGCCAUCUCCGUGGGCAUGGCCGUCGUGUCCAUGGUGCUGGCUCUGCUCAUGGUCAAGCUCAUUGUGGCCUACGCGCGGGUGAUGAUCCUGUUUGUGCUGUGGUUUAACGUGGGCAUUUCGUUCGCCCUGGCGGCGUACGGAUUCGUGAUUGGCAACAUCUUCAUUGCCAUUAUCGGAGCGCUGAUUGCCCUGCUCAACCUCUGCUACGCGCGCGCCGUGCAGCACCGUAUCCCGUUCGCCGUUGCCAACUUGCGCGUGGCCGAGGGAGCCAUCGCCAAGCACUGGUCCACGUACAUUGUGUCGGUUGUGUUCACCAUCGUGCAGAUCGCUUGGGUGGUGAUCUGGGCCAUGGCGCUGCUGGGCGUCGCCAACAAGAUCGCGGAGGAUAACCCGAGCAGCACCAACACAUCGACGACGACCUCGACGAAGUCCACGUACAAGCAGUCGGGCAGCUCCUACGCCGCGUACUUCUUCCUGCUGCUAUCGUUUUACUGGGGUCUCCAAGUUUUCAAGAACGUGGCCCACACGACUGUUGCGGGCACUGUUGCGACGUUCUGGUACAACGCUGAGUCGGGUGGGGCUACAGCUGCCUCGCUGAAGCGCAGCACUACGACGUCGUUCGGCUCCAUCUGCUUCGGCUCGCUUAUUGUAGCUUUCCUGCAGGCGCUUCGCGCGUUGGCGGAGAGCGGCCGUCAGGACGGAAGUGCGUUGGCCUGCUUUGCCGAGUGCAUCCUGGGCUGCCUGCAGUCGCUCAUGGAGUACUUCAACCGCUGGGCCUACGUCUACGUCGGCAUCUACGGCUACAAGUUCACGCAGGCUGGCAAGGCUGUAUUCCAGCUCUUCAAGCAGCGCGGCUUCGAUGCGAUCAUCAACGAUGACCUCAUCGGCAAUGUGCUUGGAUUCGCAGCACUCGGUGUUGGCCUUAUCUGCGCUGGUGUUGGUGCGCUGAUUGCGGAGACGACCGACGCGGUCACCUUCCAGAACAGCACCGCGUUCCUGGCGAUCCUCGGCUUCGUGAUCGGCAUCGGCGUUGCCGUCACGCCGCUCGCCGUCAUCGACAGCUCAGUGGCCACGAUCUUCGUCUGCUUCGCCGAGGACCCCGCUGCGUUCCAGCGCUCGCACCCGGAGCUCUACGCCCCGCUGGUGCAGGAGUGGCACAACCUCUACCCGGAGAUCAUGGUGCAGGCAGGAUACUGGUACGCGUAG